CCCAUCUGAAAAAGAGAGAGAUCAUUUUUUUCUAUCCGUGAUUAAAGUACAAUCGACCUUCGGGAAGAACUAUCUUGCAUCUCAUCUUUCUCUUCUCUCGCUGAAAUAACCGACGGUUAUUUCCCAAGACUAAGGUAUGAAUCCUGAAUAUAAGGAUUUCUACCGAUCAGCUAGGCUCCUCAAUUCAUAAUCUUUUUGGACAAGGUUCCGAAAGUAACAAACAUUAAACAGGAAAUACAAAGAUGCCCGCCUGCUCGAGCGAGAGCUCCAGAUUAUGGUCUUCCAGCCCGCCGAUGUCGCGUAAUAGCAGCGUGUCGCCGACGCUACCCGGUACACCGUUAUCCACAUCGCCACCCCGAAUAUCACCUGUGUCCAUGUUGAAGCGUACGUCGUCAAACGUGGUCGUGUCGACGUCCCACGCACCGAACAAUCUUUCCCGGGCGUCAUCGCUCUCGAGUAUGUCAACGGUGAUACUCUCUCAGAGACGACAGCAGAAACGACAACAGCAACAUUAUCAUCAACAGGAUACGCUAGCAGCAGAUAGUCGGAACGUCGAGAGGAACAACGAUUCCAUUCUCUCGAGGAUCUUGUUUUGGUACUUCGGACUUCUGUUGAGUCUAUUUCGAAGUAUCUUUAAUGUCAUUGGCUACGCGAUCUGGGCUCCUGCUCUCUGGGCAUCUGCUUGGAUCUGCCUGUUCUGGGUGAUUCUGCAACUGCCACUGACCGUUUUCAAAUGGUUCAUCAUGGUUCUGCAUACCCCGGCGUAUGAGAGAUCACGCAACAAGCGGUGCGUGUUGAUCAGCGGUGGUAGCACAGUGCAGGCGGUGCAUCUUGCACGUAACUUCUAUAAGGCGGGCGCCCGGGUGAUAGUGUGUGAUCUCGAGGGCCUGUUCGGUCUAGCCAGAUUCUCCACCGCCUGCUCCAAGUACUACACGAUACCGCAGCCUGGGCCCAGGAACGUUGUCGAAUAUAUAAAGGCGUUACGGGAUAUCGUCCAGUGCGAACGUGUGGCCUACUAUAUACCGGUGAGUGCUACCAAUACUGCAUACUACGACGCCUUGGCGAAACCGCAUCUGGAGACCAUGGGUUGCGAGUGUUUCGUGCCCGAUGCCAGUGAGGUGACCGCGCUGGACGACCCGUUGGAGCUACUUCGACGCUGUCGCAUGCUCGGUCUUACGAUCCCACAGCACUUUCUGUUGCGAUCAAUGCAGGACCUGUCGGCGCUCUAUGAACGAAACACGUUCCGCAACGGCAGGGACAUGAUGCUAGCUGCCGGUCCCGCAGGGAUGCGUGAUCGCGCCAAGAUCUUGCUACCACCCACCUUCAGAGAGUUUCGAAAUCAACACGAGAUCAGCGAGAGGCGACCGUGGGUGGUAAUCCGCGAUCCCGGUGGAGAUCACUUCAUCACUUGCACCACGCUGAAAGAGUCACGGAUAGUGACGAACGUGACCUGCCGAGUGGAUGAAGAUCGGGGCCUCAUACCAGAAGAACGUCCCGAGAUUAUAAGAUGGCUUGAACAGUUUUUCGCCCGUUCCUUCAGUGACAGAAUCAACGGCCACAUGAGCUUCCGAUUGGCGAUGGCUGAGGAAACGGGUGAGCUGAUGUCCAUCGGCUGCCGGGUAGGCGUGAGUCUGCCCUACAUUUGUUGCACAGGGAUACAUCCGCGUCUGGUGUGGAAACCCUGCCGCCACUUCUCCAGGCAGAAUUCAACGUUGGUAGGUACGUCGAGCCGACAGUUGCUGUCCGAUACCGUGGUGAGUGCCCUCAAACAAUCAACCAGCGAGACCGCGCCCCAUCUUCUGGGCACAGUGCUGGACAAGAGGGAAUCCCUUUUCGUGUAUUGGGACCCGUUGCCCUACUGUGCCUACUAUCACCUCCAAUUACCGUUCAGGCGCGUCGCAGAGGUCAUCAGAACGCAGCAUAACCCACCCCUGGCGGUAGUGCAAUAGGAUUCAUCUUUAAAGCGGAAGUUUUUCUCGUAUCUAUACUGAGAUCUCUUCUAUUUCGCCUACUAUCCUAUGCAGCUGUCCUUCAAACAUUGCGAGGAUCAUAAAGAACUCACAAUUGAUCCUUAAUUCGUGAUGCAAGAGUUGGAGUGUAUCUGAAUCUCAACGUUGAUCGCGUCUCCAAGAAACGAAUGUGCCAAAGAGGAGAUCCGCAGACGAAUCCCGGAGAUCGUACUUAUUUCUGUUUCGUGAGUAAUUGUGUAGAGUGUGAUAUUAUUUAUUGGAGAACAGUGUAUCUAUUUCACACGCGACUGAUCGGUAAAGUCUAAUCGGCAAUAAGCUACAUAUUCCUUUGUUACAUUACCUUGCGUCGUGUUGUAACAUAUCAAUGAAUAUGAGACUAACAAUACGAUUCCACGCAUAGAAUGUGAAAGAGAGAGUGUACAUGUAUUCGUGUAUAUAAUUUAAUUUUACUUACUUACUAAUUAACGAUUGUAACGUAUAAAUAUGUAGCAGUACUAUUUUGCUGAAGAGAAGAGGAAAGAGACACGAUUAUUGUGUGUCAAUUCGAGAAUUAGAAAAUAAGGACUUGUCCAUGCAAAACACGAGUCAUCAUGACAUCAAAAUGGCUCCAAUUACUAAGAGUCACUUUUCAAUCAGUAACGAUUAAUUGUAACGUCAUUUUGACGUUAUCGUGACUUGUUGCUCUGCUUGGAUGGCAAAUGCGCGUUCUCCCUGAUUCGUGUCUAAGAGGGAGUGAAUGGAGGACCGUACCAUUUGCGAGACUAUCGCACUACCAGCAAUCGCCGGUUUGUUCACGGAUUUUAACGAAAGUGAGCGAGUUAAAAAUAGGUGCAAAGGUCAAGUUCGGCUUGUAAUCGGUUUAAAAAAGAAAAAUGCGAAAAAAAAAGAAGAAAUACAGCGAAAUGUGCGUUGCCACACGAGCCUCUUCCAUUUGCUCUCGAUUGGAGGAA